AACAACAAUGGCAGCGCCAUAAGAAGGUAAUCCAUCCAUUUAACCUGGACAAGUAAACCAGGUGGCAGCGCGCAACGGCUGGAGAAAAUGUCACUGUAUGCGUGUUUUUAACAUUUUUGCUGCAUGUUUUUAACCACCACCGCCCGGAAACGCCGCUGGUUUACGACCGAGAAAUCGUGUCAAAGAUUAAAUGUAGUUUGAGUGGUUUCAGGACGGAUUUUGUGUCAUCCAGAGACACGGAGAAGUCCUCCUCACUACUGAUGUCCCGCUGUGCUAAAACGGAAGCGUAUGGUCCUCGUGCGGGUGCAGCCUCGCGCUGUGGCGCAGUCUGUUUUGAUGUCGCGAGUGGCAACAAAAUGGAGGGAAAGCAGCUUGCCCGGGUUGUGCGGUGUACACUGAUCUGUGCUUAGCCGAGACUGCGUGCCGUCUUCACGGUGAACGAGCCGUUUUCUGGAUAAUUUCAAUGGUGGAGGGAAAGAGAGAGCUGUGAAGGAGCCGUGUCAGGACUCCGGUCAACAGUCUGCUGAGAAAAGACGGAUUUGGAACCGCUUGACUCCCAAAAUAAAGGCACAGUUCGUCCAAAAUUGUAACGUUAUUCAUUAUGUGCGCAAUAAAAACAGGGUGUUUUGUCAUGUGAAACGCUUCACCUACAGCCACUUGCAACGUAAAAUAUCACAGGGUGGACAAGUAACCACAGAAUGACCGACGCGGGGGACACAGCGAGUGUUCCGGGCUGCUCCGGCCUCAGCAGCGGGGCCGGGGUGAGCCUCAGCACGGGCAGAGGACUCCCAGGCCGGGUCAGGAGUCUGUCCUCCCCCGCUCCACCCGGAAGACUGACGUCGCUCCGAACAAGGGACCUGACACUGGGGGGAGCCCUCAAAAAACCAAAGAAGACCUUUGAGCCGAAUGUCCACGCUGUGAGGAAAAGCAAAGAUGAGUUAAAGGAAGAGGUCCAUGUUACUCCAAAAAAGGAGAGAAAAGAGAGGGAGGAGAGGAGGAGAGAGAACAGAGGGAGGAGGAGAGAGAGGCCUCAGACCAUCCAGUCUCACUCCAUCUUUGAACAGGGCCCUGCCGACACUGUACGCAAAACAGGCUGGCGUGGUGCUACAGACCUGCAUGACUCCACCACCUCUCCCGUGUGCAAACUGGUGAAGAAAGAGAAGAAAGACUCAGAGGAGGAUGAAGAUGAGAUACUCUGUAAACUAAAGAGAGAUGAUUUCAUAGAUGAUCCUGGUCUGAGGAAUGAUGCCAAACUAAAACCCAUCCAGCUGCCUCUGAGUCAGUCCUGCAGCUUCAUCAAGAGCCAAACACUGACGACCACCACAACAUGUCCAGAGAACCGUCCUCUGUUCAGACCUCCAUCCUGUGGAGCUCAGAGUAGGGCGGGCCACAGCAGGACAGAGAUGCCCCAACCAGAGCAGCCGUCCCUGGUAGAAGUACUGCAGGAUCUCCAUCUGUCUGGCAGAGAGGAGCUCUUCUUCAUGCAGUUACCUGACUGUAUGCCAGGCAGAGUGUCUGGACAGGAGGCCAACCCCACUCAUGGCUCUACAGCCGACAGACCUGCCAAGAAGGACGGCAAGUCUGAAGACAAGAGGCCUGCACAUCUACAAGCACAAGAGGCAGCAGUGAAGGAGGGCUGUCCUGUGCUGUCACAGUUUCCAGAAGGAUUUUUGGGUAAACUGCAGAUCAGGAAGUCAGGAAAGGUAGAGCUGAAGCUGGGUGAUGUCGUCAUGGAUGUCUCUGAGGGAGCUGCAUUCUCCUUUCUGCAGCAACUGGUGUCUGUGCGUCUCUCUGAGGGUCGGACUGGAGACAUGAUGGUGUUAGGAAACGUCCACCACAAGCUGGUCUUAUCUCCUGACUUCCACGCUUUAGUGAGACAAGCAGUAACACAGCAGCAACAAGGACCCUGACAAACUCUCUCAUACUGCAGGGAAAUCUACCAGAGCUGUAACUCACAGGCUCUAUGACAGACGUAACAAUGUGUUGGAACUGAUCUGAUGGGAGGUGUCACUGUUGACAGGUGGUCUCGUGUCUGUUCGCCAUACUUCAGCUUUGACGUUUUAAAGGCAGCUAUGGUUGCCCUCAGUAGCCUCUUUUUCUUGUAACUACUCUGUGAAUGUUGAACAUCCUGUGAUGGCAAAAUCUGGCUGAGUUUUUUGGAAAGAUGGUAUCAGAUUGAACCUGCUGAUCUGCAGGGACUCAGGAGGUUGUUACCUGUUACCUGAACACUGUUUACCUAUUUACAGAUCUUCUGAGGGAACACUGUCAGUUGUACACACACCAGCACAGCAGCCACGUGAUUGUCAGCUCGAGGCUGACUGAACACCAGCAAAAGACAUCAGCAGCUACAUGCUAAGAUAUCAGCCACCCAGAGAAAGACAGAGGACAUUCUCACCCCCCCAUAUAGUGUAUCAUGUGUGAUAACGUUCUCGACUUUGGUCCAACAAAGCCACUGAGUGACUGUUUUAACAUACGGGUGAUUUGAAUUUGAUAACUUAACUUCAUUGCUCUGAGUGUAAUAGACAGACAAUGAGAUGGCCGGGGGGCACAUAUCUCCUUUUAGCCAGAUACUCAGGUGAGUACCAGGAGAUGGUGUUUGGUACUCAUAGCAUGGUCUUAAUAAAUGAAACGUCCUCACUCCGCUCACUGCAGCUUCCUUCAGGUAGAUGAUGAAGAUGCACCUCCCAGUGCCUGGUUGAGCCUCAGAUUAGCUUCCUGAUCCACAGUUCAACAGCUGACUUUGGGUCAGGUGUCUCUGAGUCUAUCUGUUAUGGCCUGCGCAGUUCGGUCAGCACCCACUUCAGUCAAUCCAAGGAAGUCCGAGGUAGACUUUCUGUUGUCGGGCACAGACACAGUGGAAAUGAACUCAUGCACUCACGGUACACUAAGGUGCAUUUUGAGAUGACUGACUGUUACACGUUUCUGAUCUUUGUUACGCAUGCACACCUGUGUACCGAUCAUGUGCACCCCUGCAGAUAACUGCUUCUUUACUGUUCCAGCAGACUUGACUGUUUGUAAUGUUUUGUGUUUAGUAGACUAAAAGGUGCACACCAAAUGUACACUCCUGGACUGGUCAACCAGUUACUGCACUGAUGUACAGUUAGGACCUAGUUGGAACUUUUGUAGCAUUUACAGAAAUUAGAUACAGUAGUAUUUUAAAUAUUAUUAGAUGUUUGUCUGUGAACCUGGAUGUUUUGUUUUUUUUUGCUACCUCAACAUCACUUAAUGCUUCACAUCUCUGCGUCAGACUCAUUAGAGCACAUAUGCCAGACCGAUUCUGUAAGGGGCCCUGUGGCUGCAGGUUUUUCGUUCCAACCAAGGAGGAGCACACCAGGCCAACCAACCAACAUCAAGGGAUCCCUUAGUU